AUGCUUGAAACUGCUGUUGAACUUAGGCAAGCAUUUGAUAGAUUGGCUGAAGAAGAGGACACUAAGUAUAAAAAUGAUGUUCUACGGAUUGAGUUUGAGAAUGAACCUGAUGAACCUAUAGGGAACCAAGGGAAAGUGGGGCCUCCAACUGAUGAUGAUUGGGAAAAAGUUGUUGCAUUUGUCAAGUUUUUGAGAGUGGUUUUUGAUGUUACUUUGAAUGUUCAAGCUGGUUAUUUCACUAGGGUUCUUGAGAGGAUGCUGAAUUAUGAUGCCUUUACUGUAAAAGUAAGAACAAAAAGGUUGAAAGAGUUGAUUGUUACUCUCACUAACUUGUAUGCUUCAAUGAAUGGUGUUCAAAAUUCCAGCACAAAAAAGACAGAUGGUGAUGAAACUUGGAGGAAGAAAGCAAAAAUGAUGGAAGAUAGGAAUAAAGACCUUGAAAAUGUUGAUGUUGUUGUAGAUGCUCAUGAGGUAGACAGAUACCUACUUGGUCCCUUUGAAAAGCCAGAAUUGGACCAAGAGGAGAGAGAGCAUGGAGAGAAGUUGGAUAAACAAAAAGAAAUGGAGUUGAUUGAGAAGAAAAACAAAGCUGUAAAAGCCUCCAAAGGCUUUGAUGCAGGAACUUUUUCCAAAAAGAAAAUUUGA